AUGUGGAACAUACACGUGAAGAAGGAUUCCCUGUGGAUUAAGUGGAUACAUAGCGAGUUUCUCAAGAAUCGGACGGCGUGGGAAUGGACGGCAAGAUCGCGGGACUCACCACUCUUCAAGAGGCUGCUCGAGAUCCGAAACGAGUUACUGACCGACCGGCCGAGGAGAGAAGUUGAGAAGAUGUUGGGACAGUGGUACGGGAGCAAGGGAGCGGUCGAGGCGUACGAGUGGUUUAGGCCAAAAGGUGAACGGCGCAUGUGGCACAGGUUCGUGUGGAAGGAGUUCGUCCCGCCAAAGUACUCCUUUACUACUUGGCAAGCUCUCAGAGGACGACUCCCAACGAGGGACAGACUGGGCUACAUGAACAUUGACCAACGAUGCCCCUUGUGCAUGGCUCACACGGAGUCGGUGGAACACCUCUUCUUCAAAUGCCACAAGACAUGGGCAGUUUGGAAGGAGAUCAAAUCCUGA